UUAGUAAUAGAUAUCAACAAAGCACAGCGCUGGUCGCGCUAGCUGGCUGUAAACGUUUAAAGUGCCGCUAAAGGUGGAUUUAAGAAGAACAAAAAAAAGCUUUCAGACACGUAGUCCCGGAAAAUGUCAGUGCCUUUCUCCAACACUCACCUGAGGGUCCCGCGAGGAUUCGGGGCCGUCCUGGAGGGACUGGCCCGAGAGGUUCUCCGUGACCAGCCGGACGACAUCCCUUCAUAUGCAGCGCAGUAUUUCGAUAAGCUUCUAAAACAAAGACAAGAAAGUGGGCUGGACCCCGCCGAGUGGGCUGCCAGACUGGAAGACAGGUUCUACAACAACCAUGCUUUCAAGAACACAGAGACUGCUAGUCCUGAAAAGAAAACAGCAGCAGAGGAGACCGCUUCCAAGAAAUCACGACAGAGGAAGGAACCCUUGGAGGAAAAUCGAGAGCAUCUCCCCGAGCCGAAUGAGCAAAGGCCCGAGAUCGUUGGGGAGUCACAGUCGGAGGAUGUCGAGGAAGAAAAGCAGGACGCAAUUGAACAAGAAGUGGAAAUGGCUAAUUCGGAAGUGCAAGAACAGAGCGAAGAACUGGAGAAAGAGAAGACUAUCACCCCCACUGGCAGUGCUGAUUGGACAGCUGCUGACCAUAAGGAGGAGGAAAGGCCUGCUGGGUUUGAGGAGGAUACCGCGGCACCUGCAAACAAGAGUGAAAAGCAGGAGGAGUGCAGCCGGCCCCAGGAGGAGGAGGACAUCAUGGACAUCCCCCUGGACGACCCCGAGGCCAACAGAGCCGCUGCCAAGAUCCAGGCUGGCUUCCGCGGCCACAUGACUCGUAAGAAGAUGAAGCCAGAGGACAAAACCGAAGGGGAGGAGGUGAGCAGCACUGGGGAUGUGCUCCACAGCAGCCAGGGGGGCUCAGAGACAGGAAGAUCGGGGCCAGUAGAGAGAGAGGACACAUCGGCGCUGGAGCAGUGACGCCCCCGUCCUGACCCGGGUGGUGAGAGGGAGAAGAGUCAAGAAGAAGAGGUAGUGAGAGAUGGCUGGCACCAGCUGGUUGGAGAGCUUACCUUUUAACCCCCCCACCCCCACCCCUUCCCCCCUAACACGCACACCCAAACACACCCAUGAACACACAAAUCAUUUUCCCCUUUUUUUUUUUCCCAACAUGACUUAGCUGUAGAAAAUGAACAGUUUCGAGGGUGUGUUAUGUGAAAUAUAUGUGAACUUUAACACUCCCUCCCUGCUUCUUCGGCAGCCUCAUCAGUGCGGAUGUCUUUGACCCAGAAUUUGCAACUCACUGCAUGUACUUGUGAAACUUCUGGUACUGUGCUAGUUUUUAGAUGAUGAUCUGUGAAUGUGAAAAUGAAUGUCCUCCAAAAGCUAAACAGGGCUUCUUUUAUUUCUGAAUGGAUCAGUGCAUAUAUCCUGUGUAGGCACCUUGUAUGCAUCACUUUUUUAGGUGAUUAGUGGCUUAUGUUGUUUGUUGAUCUUUCGAUGUUUAAUGAUGUGCUUGUAUUUUGACAGUUAUCUGAUUUGCUUACAAAAUGAUUAAAGCAUCCAAAUCACCAAAAGAAACGUAGCUAUGUACGUUCUAUUUGUUAUUUAUAUCUUUUCUGACCACGUGUUAAGUCUUUUCACAACUCCAGGCAUUUUUCUAUAAAUCUGAUCUUCCAGAGCAGUAAGCAUGCCGUAUCCACACUCCUAUCCAGAUGCAUUUUGGUACAGCUUUACCUUAUAAGAUACUAAUUCUUUAUGCUAUGUUCUUGUGUUGUGCUGUAAGAGUUUUUUUUAGAGCCUUUGUGCUUCAAAAAUCAACUGAGUAGUACCUGAACCUUGGUGUAGAGUCAUGGCAUUACACUAAUAAAUCCAUUCUAACUAUA